AUGGGUGUUCCGAAAUUCUUCCGCUGGCUGAGCGAGCGGUAUCCCGCGAUCUCCAUGCUGAUCGCGGAGAGCCGCAUCCCCGAGUUCGACAGCCUGUACCUCGAUAUGAACGGUAUUAUUCACAACUGCACGCAUAAGGAUAGCGACUCUCCGACAUUCCGAAUGACCGAGGAGCAGAUGUUCAUUGCGAUCUUCAACUACAUCGAGCACUUGUUCGGCAAGAUUAAACCGAAGAACCUCUUUUUCAUGGCGGUGGACGGUGUCGCCCCGCGCGCCAAGAUGAACCAACAACGUGCGCGUCGCUUUAGGACGGCGCUGGACGCCGAGGUGGCCAAGGACAAGGCCGUUCAACAGGGUCUGGAGAUGCCAAAGGAAGACGCAUUCGACAGCAACUGUAUCACUCCCGGUACCGAGUUUAUGGCGAAGUUGACACAACAACUCAAAUAUUUCAUCAACAAGAAGAUCUCGGAGGAUUCUGACUGGCAGGGCGUGGAAAUCGUUCUGUCUGGCCAUGAAGUCCCCGGCGAGGGCGAACACAAGAUCAUGGAAUACAUUCGGCGCGCGAAAGCGCAACCCGACUACCACCCAAACGUUCGCCAUUGUCUUUACGGACUGGACGCUGAUCUUAUCAUGCUGGGCCUGCUCAGCCAUGACCCUCACUUCUGCCUUCUCCGAGAGGAGGUGACUUUCGGCCGCCAAGUCUCCAAGAAGCCAAAGGAACUUGAGCACCAGAACUUUUAUCUCUUGCAUCUCAGCAUGGUUCGGGAGUAUCUGGAGCUGGAGUUUCAGGAACUGGAACAAGAAGGGGCUCUCAACUUCCCGUUCGAUAUGGAGCGAGUAAUUGAUGAUUUCAUUCUCAUGGCAUUCUUUGUUGGAAACGAUUUCUUGCCCAAUUUGCCCAAUCUGCAUAUCAACGAAGGUGCACUGGCGCUUAUGUUCAAGAUCUACAAGGAUGUUUUGCGAAAGAUGGGUGGUUACAUCAACGAGCAAGGUGUGAUCAAUGUGGACAGGCUUGGAAUCCUCGUCGAGGCUCUGAGCCAGGUUGAGCACAGGUUUUUCCAGGCCGAGAACUCUGACGCCCAGUGGAUCAAGUCCAAGCAACUCGGUCUUGACGGCUCUUUGGACCUGAAGCCGAAGCCCAAGGAGCUGACCAUCACUUCAGCUCAAAAGGACAUUCUCAAGAAAGUGAAGAAGUAUGUCCUGAAUCGCCCUGGCAAGGCGUCCGAGCCGAAGCCGUUGGAUUUCCCUUCCACGCUUCCAGCUCGCGAUCGUGCCUUCCUCGAGAAACUCGCGGACGAACUGCGCGUGCAGUGGUCUACCCUGGAAAAUGAGAAUGGCGAUCGCUUCAUGCGCGUUCAGCUCCCACAGUCGCAGGGCGAUGACGAAAGCGACGAUGACGACGAAGAAGAUGAGGAAGCAUCUAUGGCUGUCCAACGUAUUAUUCGCAAGUACGAACGGGCUAAGGUCCAGGACAUGACAGCGGAGGAGGCGCAACAAGCCGCCGAGGAGAAGUACGACGCCAAGUUCCAGGAAUGGAAAGAUAAUUACUACCGUUCCAAGUUUGGUUGGGGCUUGGAUAACGAGGAGGAGAUGAAGCAGUUGACGGAGAACUAUGUGCAAGGGUUGCAGUGGGUCUUGUUCUACUACUACCGCGGUAUUGCUUCGUGGCCUUGGUUCUUCAAGUACCACUAUGCGCCUAUGAUUUCUGAUGUGAAAAAGGGCCUCGGUGCCGACAUGAACUUCCGACUUGGGCAGCCCUUCCGGCCGUACGAGCAGCUGAUGGGUGUUUUGCCGGAUCGCAGUAAGAAGAUCGUCCCAACUGCCUAUUGGGAUCUCAUGACCUCUCCCGAUUCCCCUAUCAUCGAUUUCUAUCCUCGUGACUUUGAUCUGGAUAUGAACGGCAAAAAGAUGGAGUGGGAGGCCGUGGUCAAAAUCCCCUUCAUCGACGAGACCCGGUUGUUGAAUGCUCUCAAAACCAAGGAACAGUUCCUCAGCCCCGAUGAAAAAGCUCGCAAUUCCUUCGGCGCUAGUUUGAAGUUUACUUAUUCACCUGAUGUGAAUUUUGUGUAUCCUUCCUCGAUGCCUGGCGUGUUCCCCGACCUUCCAAACUGCCACUGUAUCGAAAAUCUGUUUGACCUUCCCACUAUGGAUGGACUGGAGCCAUACAAUGGCCUGAUGGAGGGUGUCCACCUAGGCGAGGCAGCUCUGGCUGGCUUCCCCAGUGUCAAGACACUGCCUCAUGUUGGCCAGUUGGGCUUCCAUGGCGUUAUGGUGUUCCAGCAGGAAAGCCGCAACGAGAGUCAAGUUAUCACUCUUCUUGACCCAGGAAGCCGGUCCGGCAUUGAACUGGCCAAACAGAAGCUUGGAAAGCGAGUUCAUGUUGGCUAUCCCUACCUGCAAGAAGCUCUGGUCGUUCGUGUUUCGGACGAGCUGUUUGAUUACAUCCUUCCACCUGGCGCGCAGCAUGUUGUCUCAAUUCCCCACACUCCUCAGCAAAUUGAGCAGUUCAAGAAGAAGGCGGACCGAAUCGAAAGUCAUUACAGCAAGCGUCUUGGUAUGAUUAUUGGAAGCGUGGAGUCUUUGGUCCAUAUUCAGCCCUUGAAGGGCAUGAUCAAGACCGAUGACGGUGCUGUUAUCAAGGACUUUGCCGACAUUCCCGGCCAAGAGACCGAUUAUGCCCUCCAAGUUGUGGUUGAUGACGUUGUUAACCCCGAUGACCGCUUCAUCGAGAAGGAGGCUCUCCCCAUUGAAGAAGAGUUCCCGCAAAACUCUCGCGCAUUUUUCCUGGGCGACUUCAACUACGGACGACCUGUUCAUAUCACUGGGCAUACUGACGGCAAGGUGAACGGGCUGCUUGCAGCUGUGAAAGACCGCGAACCUGAGUUUGGAAAGAAACACGUAAUGGAGUCUGAGAAAAAAUUUCCCUACAUGCCCUCCUACUCCAUCGCCCGCAGUCUUAACCUGAACCCGUUGGUUCUGGCGAAGAUCACAUCCUCGUUCACCGUUGAUAUCGAUGGCACUCGCGUGAACUUGGGCCUGAACCUGAAAUUUGAGGCCAGGAAGCAAAAGGUUCUUGGCUAUUCUCGCCGUGGACAGUCUGGUUGGGAGUUCAGCCAGAAGGCAGUGGACCUGUUGCAUCAGUACAUGAUCAACUUCCCAGAAUUCAUUGCAGGAAUUCAGCGUAAUCCCCAGAAGGAUCGCUACGCCCCAACCGAUUUCUACCCGGAAGACACCGCCAUCUCCAAGAUGAAGGAGAUUCGCGACUGGCUCAAGUCAAUGGAGAGCAAGAACUUUGAGCGGGUGCCUCUUGAUGCUGAGCAACUGGAUUCCGACAUCGUCAUGUUGAUUGAACAGGAAGCCGACAAGAUCGGAUUGCCUCAAAUGCAGCCCAAGAAGGUUAAUGGUGUUCCUCGUGGCGCUUUGCUUCGCCCUGCCGACGUUGAACAUCGUCUGGGCAAUCAGACUUUCAAGCUUGGAGACCGGGUCGUGUAUUGCCAGGACUCGGGCAAAGUGCCAAUCGCCACCCGUGGUACGGUGGUCGGUCUCACGAGAACAUCUCGUGCACUUUUGCUUGACGUCCUAUUCGACGCGUCCUUCAUGAGCGGUACGGAUCUUGGCGGUCGUUGUUCGCCCUUCCGCGGACAGACAGUGCUUGCAUCAUCUGUCCUCAACCUCUCUUACCGACAGCUGAUUACUAGCUCACGUGCUGCGACCAGCCAGCAAACCACUCAGAAGCCAACUCCCCUCACCGUUGGCGGCUAUGGUGCCCCCCUGGGCCCCAAUGGACAGGGCCAGCUGAAAAAUGCUCCGGCUCCUCCACCAUUGAAAGGUUCUUUCAAGGGCGCUGUGUCCGGACAGGCUCAUCCUGGUGGUCAUGUCGCCAUGAACAAUGGCCAACCUAUGGUACUUCCGCACCGCCCUCACCCCCACAAUGGUCCUCCUCGUGGCCCUCGUGGCAAUGGAAACCGUGGCACUCGUGGGCCAAGAGGUGGGUAUGCAUCUGUUGACAAUAGCGACCCCAGCGAGGGGAUCAUCCAGAACAACCCAAACUUCCAUCCGAGGAACAUGUCUCAGGUGCCUCCUCCACAAGGGAUGGACCGCGGCCAUGGCCGUAACCGAGGACGUGGCAAUGGAAAGCGCGGCCAAGGUGGCCGAGGUAGCCGAGGUGGUCAAGGUAGUCAAGGUGGUCAAGGUGGUGCAGGUGGUGCGCCCCCUGCGGCCAACUAG